CCCCAGGGGGGUGCCCGGGCGCCCGCCCGAUGCCACGCGCCGCCGGCGGGCGCGUGCUAUGGGGAAGGGCAAGCAGAAGGGAUGGAGGCCGCCCAAGGACGACGGCGGAGCGCUCGGGAUGCUUUUCGGUUCCGCGGACCACAUCACCGGACACUCCGUGGCCAGCCCCGUGACACUGCGACAAGACGGUGUCGCGUUGCCGAAGAACCACCCCAACUACGGCGACGACAAGGGCAAGGGCAAGGGCAAGGGCGGCGGCAAGGGCGAUGCCGCCCCAGCCGCCACUGCCGCAAUGCCCCCGCCAGACGUCCCCGUCAAGACCGAUGGCGCCAAGCCGAGGCCAGUGGCGGCCAGGUGGGCAAGGAAGGCCACGGUGAAGACGGAGGCGGACGCGUGCAAGCCUGGCGACGCAGAGGCGGCGCUGGCAGAGCCCGUGAAGCCUGCGGUGCCGCUGCCGUCGAAGGAGGGUUCCACGAAGCCGGUGGCUAAGCUCGAGGACGACGGCCUCACCGAGAUCGAGCGCCGCCGCCGCGGCAUGGCCGCCGCGCAGUCGGAGAUCGAGCGGCGGAGGAGGGCGGAAGAGGAGCAGACCCCGCGCCUGCCUUCCCGGGGCGGAGGAGGCGGCUACCAUCACGCUCAGGAUGCACGACAUUGGGGGCGUCGUCGAUGUAGUCAUAUACCUGGCCAUUGGAGUAGGCUUGGCAGGGCUCAGCGUGGGGUGCUAUCAGCAGCGUCCGCGUAUUUCAAAGUCUGCGGUCUGGCAUACAUGUGUCAUGGCCAGCUGGACCAUGGAGAUGCGUGAGGUCGACCAUUUGGAAUUCACAUAUUUCCUCGACGGCAGCUGGAUGACGCCGGUUGGGGGGCGCCCUGGAGGCAACCGUCUGAUCGGAUACUGCCUGGUCUCUUGCAACAUCUAGCACGUGGUU